AUAACCUUGACAUUACUGGCAGAGAGAAAAACUUCGGUUCUAUACUUUUGCAAAAUGAGUGACAAUGGGUCUAUAAAGCCUCCAGAUUUAGGAAAACUCUACGAAAUUGACGGUUAUCUCCAGAAUUUUGAGAAGGAAAUCUGUAGAAGAUAUAAAGAAUUUACUAAUCUACUCAACGCUAUUGAAGAACACGAAGAAGGUGGUUUACAACAGUUUAGCAAAGGGUAUGAAAAAUUUGGUAUACAUGUUCAACCAGAUAAUUCUGUUAGAUGUUACGAAUGGUGUCCUGAUAUUACCCAAUUGUAUUUAAGAGGAGAUUUCAAUAAUUGGAAUAAAAAGGAGUAUCCAUAUACAAAAUUGGACCAUGGUAAAUGGGAAUUAGUAAUAUCUCCAAACGAAGACGGCUCUUGUAAAAUACCCCACAAUUCUGCUCUUAAAGUAUGCGUUGUUGAUAAACAUGGUAACGAAUUGGAUAGAUUAUCCCCUUGGGCACCCUACGUAACAAGAUCAGAAAAAUCUCUAACGUACGAUCAAAGAUUAUGGAGUCCGAAGGAAAAAUAUUCAUUCCAACAUAAGCAUCCUUCUAAACCUAAAAGUCUUAGAAUCUACGAGUGUCACGUUGGCAUCAGUUCUUGGGAAGGAAAGGUUGCUACCUAUACUCACUUUAAAGACAAUGUCUUGCCAAGAAUCGAAAAAUUGGGAUACAAUGCUAUUCAACUAAUGGCUGUAAUGGAACAUGCUUAUUACGCAAGCUUUGGGUACCAAGUAACAAGUUUUUUUGGAGCUUCUAGUCGUUAUGGAAACCCUGAAGAAUUGAAAGCUUUAGUUGAUGAAGCUCAUCGUAGGGGAAUUGUUGUACUUUUAGAUGUCGUUCACUCUCAUGCUUCAAAGAAUACAGUUGAUGGUUUAAAUCAAUGGAAUGGAACUAACGGUGCGUAUUUUCAUGAUAAUGCUCGAGGUUUCCACGAUCUAUGGGAUUCUCGAUUGUUCAAUUACACUGAGUGGGAAGUGUUAAGAUUCUUGCUUUCUAAUCUUCGUUGGUGGAUUGAUGAAUAUGGAUUUGACGGUUUCCGAUUCGAUGGAGCAACUUCAAUGCUAUACCAUUCUCACGGUUUGGCUCAUUCGUUUAGCGGUGAUUACAAUGAAUACUUUGGUUUAGUUACUGAUACUGAAAGUGUAACCUAUAUGACGCUUGCUAAUCAUUUCCUUCAUUCGAAUUAUGAUUUUGUCAUAACUAUUGCGGAAGAGGUUAGCGGGAUGCCUGGCUUAUGCAGACCUGUCUCUGAAGGGGGCCAAGGAUUUGAUUAUCGUCUUGCUAUGGCUUUACCCGAUAUGUGGAUCAAAAUGCUAAAGGAAAAGUCCGAUGACGAAUGGAAGAUGGGGCAUAUAGCAUUCACUUUGGCUAACAGACGUCACGGUGAAAAACAUAUCGCCUACGCCGAGAGCCACGACCAAGCUUUGGUAGGAGAUAAGACUCUAGCCUUUUGGCUUAUGGAUGCUGAAAUGUAUUGGAAUAUGAGUACAUUGACUGAGAGAACAGUAGUAAUUGACAGAGGUAUGGCUCUCCAUAAGUUAAUACGCUUAAUAACACAUGGACUAGGUGGUGAAGGAUACUUGAAUUUUAUCGGUAAUGAGUUCGGCCAUCCGGAGUGGCUGGAUUUUCCAAGGAAGGGGAACAACGAAAGUUAUCAUUACGCCAGGAGACAAUGGAAUGUUGUUGAUGAUGAUCUAUUAAGAUAUAAGUUUUUGAAUAAUUUUGACGAAGCUCUACAACACACCGAGGAGAAGUAUGGUUGGCUGCAUUCGCCUCAAGGUUAUAUAAGUCGAAAACAUGAAGGAGAUAAAGUGUUAGUGUUUGAAAGAGGUGGAGUUGUAUUUGUCUUCAAUUUCCAUCCAACACAAUCAUUUACUGAUUAUAGGAUUGGAGUUAACGAAGCAGGGAGAUAUAAAAUUAUCUUGGAUUCAGAUGAGAAAAAAUUUGAUGGACACGGUAGAUUGGAUCAUAAUACCGACUACUUUACGAACGAAGGGGAUUGGGAUAAUAGAAGAAAUAGUAUGUUGGUUUAUAUUCCUAGUCGAGUUGGUUUUCUUCUCGCUAAAGUUGAUUAAAUGUCAUUAAUUGUUCAGAUUUGUGAAAUGCAUUUUGUUAUUUUGUAUUGUAAAACUAUUUAGAAUAUUUGGAGAGAGAACCCGGUGUGGUAUAUGGUUUAAUUUUUAUCUGCUUGAAUUUUGAAUAAACUAGAACUUGAAAUCUUG